AUGUUGCGGGUUGUUGUUCUGCGGGUUCUGUUCUUCGUUGACAUGAGGUUGCCCCGUAUUCAGUGUCGCUGAUUUGUAUUGUCUGAAGUUGUUUUUUUACGUUAAGUUGAUGCAGAUCAAUUAAUACGAUACCUGCGUCAUAAUUGAUUAUUUGACGUGGUUUGAUGGCCUCCACGCACGUUGUGAUAUGUAGAUGAUAAUCAUUAUCACUUUACGGGUCCUUUCCGGUGAAAAAAAGGUACCAAAAAAACAUCGUCGUGAGUAGUGAAUUUUGUGCUUUCUAGCGCAAGUAGUUUCGGGUCAGACGCUUUGAAAAAAACUCUGUAAACAGAAAAUUACUCAGCUCUUUAAGACAGUAUCUAUUUUCGCCACCUUGAUCUUAUAGAAAUAUUUGUGACAAAUAUAAUAAAAGACCAAAAAAUAUUUGAAGAAAUUCUUGAAGGUUAUACAUCGAGACCUGGCGGCCAGGAACUGCCUGUUGGACAAGCACGACAACUGUAAAAUCAGCGAUUUCGGUCUUUCGCUUUAUGGGAAGCUACACAAGGAGAACAAAAUGCUCAAGGUUCCAGUGAGGUACCGAAAUUCAGACGUUAAACAAAAAUGUUCGCGCUGGGAAUGGCUCAACGCGUGGCGAUUUUUUCGCUUUUUCUCUAAAGUAUAGCAAAUGACAAAGUCGCUCGGAGUCGGGCGCAGAGCAAUCACCAGCGCACUUGAGCCAUUUCCCAGAAUCAAAAUUAUGGAUAUGAUUCAAAAAUCUCAACAAAAAAAAAGAUGGCUGGCCCCGGAAACACUUGCAACGGGAAUGUAUUCUUCAAAAACGGACGUUUGGAGCUUCGGCGUUCUCAUGUUUGAAGUGUUUUCCAAUGGAGAGACACCAUACAAGGACAUUAAGGUAAUUCGAAAGGAAAAAUACUAGAUUUUACGAAAAAUAUUACAGAAAAAUAAGACAUUAGAACAGGUUUUGUGGAAGUGAAUACAUUUUUUUAAAUGAAGGUCUUUUGAAAAUGGUUAUAAGACAGAUUUGGUGAAACUGAGGCUAAAUUAGAUAACUUCUGGCUUGAGAAAUCAUUAAAGGAAAUUCUGGACAUGAAUAACGAAAUAGCGUGCUAAAAAGAGAGGUUUAGAUUUUUUUUUUCAGUAUUUCUUGCCCUGAGCUUGCUGUGAUUUAUUGGACACUACUUACACAAACUACCAAAAAUAUUCAAAAAAGAAUCAAUUUAAAGAACCCUAUUAAUUAUGAUAAAAAAUCAACAACAUGAAAAAAAAAAUGUUUCUCCGAAAAUUUCGAAGGAAAAAAAUACAAGUACUUUGAAGCAACUGAAACUGGUUCGAAAAAUGGUUCUUCGGGAAGGACUUCGGCUCAAACCGCCGGAAGAUAUGACUUCAGAAGACGCCGUCAUAAUGACGGCUUGCUUCGAAACGGAACCUCAGAAUCGGAUGUCUUUCAAGGAACUCAAGGCCAAGUUCGUUCUUUGUUAUAUAUCUAUAUACAUUAAUAUUUGUGGUUGGGAAAUUCGUGCAAAUUCCCCAGAACACUCCUUGAUGUUUGAAAAAUAGAUCCUGAAAGUUUCAACCUGCAGUUUUCUAGUUUACGAGUAAUAAGAGCCCAAAAAUGGCUAAUUUUAAGGAUUUUGAGGUUUUCUUCGACUUGGAAAUGCUUCCACAAAAAAGUUAGGCAGUUUGAAACUUUCAGAAAGAUCAAGGAGUUUUCAGGAAAUUCCCAAGCGUAAAGUAAAAUGACCAUCCUUGUAAGAGGAAAAAGAAUUGAAAAAUAUGGUCCACAAAUAUUUCAAAUGAAAUUUCGACUUUUGAAAUGAAGUUCCGUUUCUUUUUUUUCUACUGAACUUCAGGAUGUUACGGAGGCGUGGGUUUUCGAAAAACCAUUAGAAGUUUUUCGAUUAUUUUUAAUCUUAUCAUCGCCAGCUUGCAAAAUAUCGAGGUUGAAGUGAAAAUUACUAGGAAAAGGUCUUGAAACGAUUAAAUACCGCAACUAAUGUGAUUUGUGUUUGAAGGGGUAUAGAUAACUCACUUUAUUCUUUACCGGAGAAAAAAACCAGAAAGUCGCGUAUAAAAUAAUAAAGUUAUAAAAUUGUUGUCAAAAUCUUAUUUUUUUAGGUACAAAGAAACGACCAACACUGGUUUGAUUCCCCGUCUGACCCAAUGGAUUCAAAAUCGGAACUCGAUCGAGGAUUCUGCACCCGUUGGAUCAUAA